CGCCAUGGGGCUCGCCGCCCGCCGCGCCUGACCCGGCCGCCGCCGCCGCCGCCAUUGACAGCGCGCCGCCGCGAUGCCGAGCGGCAGCUCCGCGGCCCUGGCCCUGGCGGCGGCCCCGGCCCCCCUGCCGCAGCCGCCCCCGCCGCCGCCGCCGCCGCCACUGCCGCCGCCCGCGGCUGGCCCGGAGCUCGAGGGGGACGGGCUCCUGCUGAGGGAGCGCCUGGCCGCGCUAGGCCUCGACGACCCCAGCCCAGCGGAGCCCGGCGCCCCGGCUCUCCGGGCCGCGGCAGCGCAGAGCCAGGCCCGGCGGGCGGCGGGGCUGUCUCCGGAGGAGCGGGCUCCGCCCGGCCGGCCCGGGGUUUCGGAGUCGGCCGAGCUGGAGCUGGAGGAGGACGAGGAGGAGGGGGAGGAAGCGGAGCUGGACGGAGAGCUGCUGGAGGAGGAAGAGCUGGAGGAGGCAGAAGAGGAGGACCGGCCGUCUCUGCUAUUGCUGUCGCCGCCCGCGGCCGCCGCCUCCCAGACCCAGCCGAUCCCAGGCGGGUCCCUGGGGUCGGUGCUGCUGCCCGCCGCCGGCUUCGAUGCUCGGGAAGCGGCCGCGGCGGCUGCGGCGGCUGGAGUACUUUACGGAGGGGACGAUGCCCAGGGCAUGAUGGCGGCGAUGCUGUCCCACGCCUACGGCCCCGGUGGCUGCGGGGCGGCGGCAGCCGCCCUGAACGGAGAGCAGGCGGCCCUGCUCCGGAGAAAGAGCGUCAACACCACCGAGUGCGUCCCGGUGCCCAGCUCUGAGCAUGUCGCCGAGAUUGUCGGUCGCCAGGGUUGUAAAAUUAAAGCGCUGAGAGCCAAGACGAACACGUACAUCAAGACGCCUGUUCGUGGUGAAGAGCCCAUUUUUGUUGUCACUGGGCGGAAAGAAGAUGUUGCCAUGGCCAAAAGAGAAAUCCUCUCAGCUGCAGAGCACUUCUCCAUGAUUCGUGCAUCUCGAAACAAAAAUGGCCCGGCCCUGGGAGGGUUGUCAUGUAGUCCUAAUCUGCCCGGUCAAACCACCGUUCAAGUCAGGGUCCCCUAUCGUGUGGUAGGAUUAGUAGUUGGACCCAAAGGAGCAACUAUUAAAAGAAUUCAGCAGCAGACCCACACCUACAUAGUAACACCGAGCAGAGAUAAGGAACCUGUCUUUGAAGUGACAGGGAUGCCCGAGAAUGUUGACCGAGCACGAGAAGAAAUAGAAAUGCAUAUUGCCAUGCGUACAGGAAACUACAUUGAGCUCAAUGAAGAGAAUGAUUUCCAUUAUAACGGUACUGAUGUAAGCUUUGAAGGUGGCACUCUUGGCUCUGCAUGGCUUUCCUCCAAUCCAGUUCCUCCCAGCCGCGCCAGAAUGAUAUCCAAUUAUCGAAACGAUAGUUCCAGUUCUCUGGGAAGUGGUUCCACAGAUUCCUACUUUGGAAGCAAUAGGCUGGCUGACUUUAGUCCAACAAGCCCAUUUAGCACAGGAAACUUUUGGUUUGGAGAUACACUACCUUCUGUAGGCUCAGAAGAUCUCGCGGUUGAUUCUCCUGCCUUUGACUCUUUACCAACACCCACUCAAACUAUCUGGACUCCGUUUGAACCAGUUAAUCCACUCUCUGGCUUUGGGAGUGAUCCUCCUGGUAACAUGAAGACUCAGCGUAGAGGAAGUCAGCCAUCAACUCCUCGUCUGUCUCCUACAUUUCCUGAGAGCAUUGAACACCCACUUGCUCGGAGGGUUAGGAGCGACCCACCUAGUACAGGCAACCAUGUUGGCCUUCCAAUAUACAUCCCUGCUUUUUCUAAUGGUACCAAUAGUUACUCCUCUUCCAAUGGUGGCUCCACCUCUAGCUCACCUCCAGAAUCAAGACGAAAGCACGACUGUGUGAUUUGCUUUGAGAAUGAAGUUAUUGCUGCCCUAGUUCCAUGUGGCCACAACCUCUUCUGCAUGGAAUGUGCCAACAAGAUCUGUGAAAAGAGAACGCCAUCAUGUCCAGUUUGCCAGACAGCUGUUACUCAGGCAAUCCAAAUUCACUCUUAACUAUA